CGAACUCACGCGUCGCGCGUCAUCUAAUGGCAGCGCGGACAGUUUCCCUGACCCCUUCCACUGCCAACACUGAAGGGGAACACACAACGCAGAACGCAGAACACUGGACGCACGACGCAUCAACAACGCUGUAACGCUGCUCUUCCAUGCUGGGUGACGAUAAAGCGUCGACAAGAUAUCUGGCGUUGUGCAGCUGUAAACCCGUUUGUGCCUAGUCACUCUGCUUCUCUUGUCAAGAUGGAAGCCGCAGUCCAUCCUCCUCUGCAGGUCGUGCCUUCCUUCUCUGCUGAUCAACUCAGUCCCACCUCCAAAAAGCGCAACUAUAAUGGCGAUAUUGUGAAUCAUACAUCUACCGAAGUCACGGCAACCAAGGAACAACGAAGCAGUCCGAGUCCUGGCCACUCUCGCUCCGGUUCGCCUGCUUGCAGCAGAGCCAGUACACCUUUGACUGAAAUCGGUUCUACACCAGCUCACAGUCCGUCGGCCGCGAUCGACAUGACUUCCGAAAGUAAGAAGCGUAAACUCACCUUUGCUGAGCGCGAAGCGGCCAAGAGGGUCAAGCAACAGGAGAAAGAGGACAAGGAGAGGCAGAAGGCCGAAAAGGAGAAACUCAAGGCGGAAGCCAGAGCCAAAAAGGAUGAAGAAAAGAAGAGGAAGGACGAGGAGAAGGAGGCUGCCAGGAAAGCCCGAGAAGAGAAACAGAAGCAAAAGGACGCCCUGAAGCAGGAAAAGGAAGCGGAAAAGGAGCGCAAGAUGAAGGAAGCCCAGAAAAAGGAAAAAGCACAAUUACGCAUAGGUGCAUUCUUCGGAAGACCAGCCGCUGCUUCAACACCACCUGCCAGCUCAGACGACGUUUCUGUUACUUCGAGAAGGUCAUCAGUCGCAUCAAUUGAUAUGGGCCCGUCUUUAGUCGAAGUCAAGUCGGCAAAACCCACGAAUCCUGAUUUCAGCAACUGGAUUUUGCCCUUUUUCGUCAACGAACACAUGCAGUUGGCGCCAUUCAACCGCUUCCGCUCACACACUACUCCCUUUAGUGAAGAUCAACUUCAACUCAACCAGCGCAUUAUUCCAGAGAAGAUCAGCAGUCGAUUUCGCAGACGUCGACGGGCCAGACGAGUCAAACCUGUCAAGCAGAUUUUGGAGGAACUGAACUCGGCAGAGGACUCGGUCAUUGACCUUACUCGCAGAAUAGACGCCCUUGCUUCUGUGCCAUACAAGUAUUUUUUCUUCCAGGAGGAUGUGCGCCCACCAUAUCAAGGCACCUAUACCAGAGUUGUUUCACCACGAUCAGCACGCAAGAUCGCUGUGAACCCGUCCUACCGAGGACUGCCGAACACGGACUAUGAUUACGAUAGCGAGGCUGAGUGGCAGGAGCCCGAGGAGGGAGAUGACGACCUUAUGGACGAAGACGAGAAGUCAGAAGAUGAAGAGGGGGAAGAAGAAAUGGAUGAUUUCCUCGAUGACGAAGGCGAAGUGGUCAAACGACAGGUGAUUGUCGGUGACAUGGAACCCAAAUCAAGUGGUCUCUGCUGGGAAGGAGAAGAUCACCAACCAGAGAACGGCUUCGACCUGACGCUCUAUCGGAUGGAUGUUUUGCAUGAUUCGACAACCUUUCCGAUUGAUCCAUACUCCACCACUCAUUGGUCAGAUAUUGGCAAGACAAGUCCAAAGAAGCGCGAGGACAAGUCGCAUUCAUCCAAUCUGAAAUCAGUCAUGCAACCUCCACGAUCUCCUCUGGUGGCGGUGGAUGGGAACAACGGAGGCUCAACAACUUUGCUAGGAUAUGUCUCGGUCCAAGGGCAAACGGAGCCCAAGUCUUCGACUUCAAAAGUGUGCGCAAGCAACACAGCGGGCUCUGGCAAGCCAUUGAGAAUGAUUGCAGAAGAUCUUCUUCCAGCCUUCAAGGACGCCGUUUCUGGAAGUACCUUGACCAAAACCGGGCUGAUAGAGGUACUGAAGAAGCAGUUUCCCAAGUGUUCCAAGGAUGCCAUCAAGAACACCCUGGAAACUAUCGCGGAGAGGCAGGGGCUGAAGGAAGUCGACAAGAAGUGGGUGUUGACACAGUGAGCAGAUGAUAGGGACAGAGACGAGUCCGGGCUUAGGGCCGUAAGCCUUCCCGCUGACGUUGGGGUUGAUUGCCUUGCUUGACUCGGCCAAGUCCAACAAAUAUAGCUGAUGACUCUUUGCCAUAGCAUGCCAACAUCGGGGUUACUCUCACAUCUCGUCCACCGCUUUUCGCGCCAUGGGCCACGAGACUGAGUCAAUAGAUAUAGUGCGUGGCGCAAACUUGCAAAAGUUUACGAAAGACCUUUUCUGUUCUAAAGCUAUUCUGGCGCCUUGAUUGAAGGCGAAAGGACACACUUAUAUCUAUGGAGUUUUCAUAACCAAGUUUAUAUAUAAAUUGGGCCCCGUCCUAACUAGACCUCUUGGACGAGCCGGAACCAAAAGAUUUAUUUCCAUAGAGAAAUAUGACGCCCACGGAGAGCGCCC